AUGUCGGAGCCCAUGGAUGAAGAUGUUCCAGAAAGACCCUCUCUUCUCGAGACAGACUUGACUUGUCCAGUGUGUAAGGAGCUGUUCCGAGAUCCAGUGCUUCUUUCGUGCUCUCACAGUUUCUGUAAAGAGUGUCUGGAAGCCAGCUGGAAAGCGCGAGUGAAGAAGGAGUGUCCGGUAUGCAGAAAAUGUUGCGACGGAGAGCAACCGAUUCCCAACCGGGCCCUAAAAAACACGGCCGAAAACUACCAGAAAGAGAAAGGCUGGAGGGUACCGUGCGGACCAGAGCUUGUCUGCGGGCUGCACAUGAGGGAUUUGCAAAUGUUUUGCCAGAAAGACGAGGAGCCGGUGUGUGUGGAGUGUGUAACUCUUCACAGAGGCCACGAUCUUUACUCCCUCGAUCAAGGGGUUCCUAUCUGUAAGGGCGAGCUAAACAUAAAAAUUAAAAUACUGACGGACAAAUUGGACUCCUUCAAAAGAAUGAAAAGGCGAUAUACCGAAACAAUAGCGUUUAUCCAGAGCCAGAGCGAGGAAGCCGAGCAGAAAAUCAAGAUGGAGUUCGAGCGACUUCGCGAGAUCCUCGCUAAGCAAGAAGCUUCUAGAAUCCAUGACUUAAAGAGAGAAGAAGAGCAGAAGAAACAGAUGAUGAAGGAGAAAAUCGACAACCUCACUCGUGACAUCGCCUCCCUCGCCGAGCUUAUCCAGUCGGUUCGAAGGGAUAUGGGAGCGGAAGAUUUGGUUUUUCUAAAGAACUUCCGAUCCCUGAAGCAAAAGGCACAGUGGACAGCUGAGGAUCCACACAAGGUGUCUGGAGCUCUCAUCGACAUGGGAAAGCACGUUGGCUGUCUGGGUUAUAAAAUCUGGGAGAAGAUGCAGAAUGAAAUUCAGUAUUUUCCUGUUAUACUGGAUCCCAACACGGUUUCUCCCUGGCUUGCCAUGAGUCCUGACUAUUCCAGCGUGAGAGACAGUCCAGAGAGACUGUCCGUUCCGGACAACCCGGAGCGGUUUGAUCCGUGCGUCUUCGUCAUGGGCUCCGAGGGCUUCUCGACCGGGCGUCACCGGUGGGAUGUCUUCGUUGGCGACAACCCCAAGUGGAUUCUUGGAGUGUGUAAGGAGUCCAUCAUACGCAAAAGGAAGUUCACGGUGACAACAACAGGAGGGGUGUGGACCAUCGGGUUGAGUAAAGGGGUUUACAGUGCCCUGACGACCCCUCGCACGACGCUGACGGUGGAGAGACGUCCGGAGAAGAUCAGAGUGAAGCUGAAUAUGGAUAAAGGAGAGGUUUCGUUUUGGGAUGCGGAUCUGGCAAAGCAUUUGUGCACCUUCACGGAUAAGUUCCCCGGAAAGCUGUACCCUCUGUUUGGUCCCGGCCUUCACACCACGCCAAUGGCCAUCCAACCCGCCAAUCUCAGCAUCCACAAGCAAUGACAGGAUCGUGUCUGGGCAACAAAUGUGUGUUGGCUGAAUUUGUUGGACUUAUAGGAGAUUGUCUGUUUGAUUUCCUCUGUAGAUACUUCUUCAGACGAGUGUGGUCGAAAAUGUAAGACAAAAUUUCAAACACAUUACAGGUAUUAAGGUUAAACUGAAACGAUGUUCCUGUGUAUAUAAAUGACCAGCGGCAGUCUUUCCAUCAGCUAUCAACAAAUCACCACCAAAUACAUCUCCGCAUUCACAGAAUACUUUAGAGCUUAGUGCCUGAAAUGAUUUUUCAUGCUCCUUUUACAGUUGUCUAAGGACUUAGUCUAUACCUGCAGUUAUGGUAGUUAUUUUUAAUAUACCAUCUAUAACAUGUCCUAUACGUAUCUAGGUAAAUGAUGUUCGUUAUUAUUCGUAAUUGACAUUAUUCAUCAUUUUUAUGUGAGAAGACAGAAUCAAAUUUUUGGUUUAUUUUACAUGAUAGCUUUACACGGUUGUUACUAACGCAAAAUUAUUACAUCCUUAUCACCAGACUGAAAAAAUGAAAGAGUGAAAAAUAACAAAGUAGCGAAGAGGUAUGGAAGAUGGUAGCACUGGACUGUUUUAAUUUAAGAGUGAUCAUUUGCCAGGCACAGUAAUCACUGAGUUGAUAACAGGUGUCUGAGAUGCGGCUG